AUGGACUUUAAUGGUGAUGCUGCCGCCGGUGCCGGAAACCCAGCCCAGAUGGUAAAAUUGGCGGCACAGCUCGGAAAUCAGGGCCCUAGUCUCCCUAACUUUGCCGCCCUCCAAGUACGCCUGCGACGUCGUGUUCAUUUUCACAGCUCCGUUUACGGCGGCGAGUGGUACUGCCGAAGCUGCAGCCAUUGUAUGUAUAGGUGUGUGUAUAUAUGCGUGCGGUCAUUUUCUCAAACACCUUAUGCUUACAUCCCCAAGGUGGCGCUGGCCGCCGCCGCCGUCUUCCGGCACUUAGUGGUUGUUCCUGGCGCACCUGGUGGCCCUGGUGCAGCCGCGCCGGUAGGGGUUAGCCCUCUGGUGGCCGUUGCAGUUGUAGUACGACCGGCCGCGCCGGUUGCAGGGCACGUUGUUCCGCCCCAUGGCGCCGUAACUGAUGUACCCGCCGCGUCGGAGCUGCCGGCGCGCGGUCUCCGACUCCAUCAUCAUCUCCUCAUCGAAGUUGAGGGCAUCGGCCACAAGGCCGUGGCCGUCGGGCUCCGCCACGAAAGCCUCGGCAAGGGAAAGGUCGCCGGCGUACGCCGCCGCAGCCAUGGCGGCCACCACCACGAGUAG